GUGGUAGUUAUCCGGACAGUUGUUUGUGUGGCUCCGUUGGUCCCAUCUUGGCUACAUUGUAAUCAGAGCGGAGAGGAAAGAGAACUCGUCCAUAUUACAGCUGCUGUUUCAGCGGUUUCUGUGGUGAUGGACCCUCCCGGCGGCCGAGACGAGCGUCAUCGUCAAGCGGAGCGGCUUCGGAGGGAGGAGGCAUACUAUCACUUCAUUAAUGAACUGAGCGAGGAGGAAUACAGACUAAUGAGAGACGGCAAUCUACUGGGAACACCUGGUGAAGUCACAGCAGAGGAGCUGAGGCAGCGUCUGGAUGGGGCAAAGGAACGAGUGUCAUCUCAGCCACGCCCUGAAACCCACCCACAGAGCAGUGAGGCAGAGGGCAGUAGUGGUGCAGUUGAGCCAGGUGCGGAAACAUCUAAUGGAGACUCCCUGUUGGAAUGGCUGAACACUUUCCGGCGCACAGGAAAUGCUACACGUAGCGGGCAGAGCGGUAACCAAACAUGGCGUGCCGUCAGCCGCACCAACCCUAACAGCGGCGAGUUCCGCUUCAGUCUUGAGAUCAACAUCAACCAUGAGCAACCCGAACCUGGAGAACACAGCGACACCCCUGACCCAACUGAACUUCCAAUGCCUCCUCCUCCUCCCCCUCCCCCUCCCCCAGAGUCGUCUGCCUCUGCACCCACGACCCCUUACAACCCCUCAAGGUCUGCACCUUACACACUUCAACACCCCACACCAUACUCUACAGCCAGGCCCACCCUGGGAAGGAGGGCCGCGGUGCGCCGCACUCGCAGUAACACGGCUCUGCCUGUAACGCCACCUCUGACCUCACAGGCUCCUCCCACAGCUCUUAGGAGGAACUUGCCUUCUUUGCCAAGCUCUCCUCCUCCACAGGCUCCACUUGCUUUUCAGUCACAAGAGCAGGAUGGUGGUGCCAUAAGGGGUCAAAUACAGGUCACAACCUCCUCAGUUAACGCAGGGGAGGGGCAGCAUGGAAAUGAAGGCCCAGACUGCCCCACCCUUCUGCCUCAGUCCGGCCCCCAGGUGGUGCCGGCUGCCCGUGAGCCACGAAACAGCAGGACUCGUUCACGUGGCCGUGUGCGCCGGGCAGCAGGAGCUGGUGGGGUUUUGUCUCGCUCUUCGAGACGUAGUCGCUCCCCCCUGGACAGAAACCCCACCUCCAAUGUUAGCCCCACCCAUAGCAGCAGCACCGCCCCAGUGGAGUCCACCGGAAGUACCGCUGUAGCAAUGGAAAUGGGCGAGGCCACUGUAGAGCCAGCUGCUCCAACGGAUCCUCCGGAGGCAGGUGAGGAAGAGGGGGAGACGCCUGUAUCAGGUGCUGGAGGUGUGCGGCGCCACCCCACUAUCAUGCUGGACCUCCAGGUGCGGCGCAUCAGGCCGGGCGAGAACCGGGACAGGGACAGCAUUGCCAGUCGCACUCGCUCUCGUGCUCGGGCCGCCGAGAACACAGUCACCUUCGAGAGCGACAGUGGCGGCUUUCGUCGAACCAUCUCGCGCUCGGAGCGUGCGGGAAUCCGCACUUACGUUAGCACAAUACGAAUCCCUUUGCGACGUAUUUCUGAGACAGGUCUUGGCGAGCCUAGCUCCAUGGCGCUAAGAUCUAUCCUGCGCCAGAUCAUGACCGGCUUUGGUGAGCUCAGCUCCCUCAUGGAGACGGAAGCAGACUCGGAGACCACCACUCCCAACCAGGACACCGCUUCUGCUGGUGGAGCCCAGGCGUACCGCGUUGGUAGUGGUGAGGGCGGUGUGGCCCAUGGCGGAGUGGAAACGGCACGAGAAGGUUUAGUGGCAGGUGAGGAGGAAGGACAAGUGCGGGUGAGCAGGACUGGGACGGAGGGACGACCUAGCAGCAGGGACACUAACAGCUUGGUGGAAAAUGGGACAUUGCCCAUCUUAAGGCUGGCGCACUUUUUCCUUCUCAACGAAGAUGAAGACGAGGAGCACCCAAGGGGCCUCACCAAAGAACAGAUCGACAAUCUGGUCACACGCACUUACGGUCAGGUCAACCUGGAGGGCGAGCUGGGCCGCGCUUGCAGCGUUUGCAUCAAUGAGUACGCUCAGGGCAACAAGCUGCGUCGCUUGCCCUGCGCUCACGAGUUCCACAUCCACUGCAUCGACCGCUGGUUAUCUGAAAACAACACCUGCCCCAUCUGCAGGCAGCCUAUUCUGUCCAGCCAUCAGGAAUGAUGUCAGGCUGUAGCUAUCAAUCAACGGACUGAACGACUGACUUUUGUUCCACCGUCGGUGGCACGUGUACAUAGUGCUUCAAUGUUUUCAUUCUCUGAGAUCCAUUGUAUUCAAGCUAAAGGUAGAACCAAAAGCAGAAACAGACUAUAAUGCAGAGAUUUAACAAAGUUUUAUUUUUUUAGACCCCUUUUGUUUUCAUCUCUUCCUCUUCUUCCAUUCACCAUUAUGCUUUGUGGCCAUAUUAACAGACGGCAUGACUAACUCGGAUGGAGUUAGGAAUGUUAGCUUCAGCUAAAGGUGCGGUUACAUUUACUGCUAUUUGUCGAAUUUUCGUGGGCAAAAUCCAGUAAUUUCAAUGGGUAUCCAUGUGAUCUGGAAUUUCGUGUGAGGGCGAACGAUAGAGCUGUGCUUUAUACAUCGCUACACUAUUGAAAAUAGACAUUGGAUCUUUUUUGCCUGUGAACUUUCACCAAAAUUUCACUAAUGCAACCGCACCUUAAUUCUAUCUCACUUAUGAAUUUUAAGUUUGGUGGCUUCAAAAAAUGGAUAAACCUCUUAAAACUCUUUAAGGACAUGUAAAUAAAUGAAUGUUUGUGUUUUCAGUUUUAACGGUAAGACAACAGUACUGGUUCAAUUGCAUUUUCAAAAGGAACCUUUAUUUUUAAGCGCUUGCAGAGAAAUCCACCGGUUUUGAAGCUCUAUGAGUCCUCCAUGUAAAUGCUCCUUAAUGUUGGGCAGUGUUCUUUUAAAUGCGUUUUCAAUCAAAGCAGGUUUUUAGUGUGAUUUUUAUGGGGUCGUUAAGAAUAGUCAUGGGAUAUGAAUGAUGCAUCUGGUCGUAGAUGAAUUUGUCGCUGAAAUUCCAACUGAAAUUCCAUCGCAGAAAUGCAUCUGCAUCUUUAUACUACGGGAAACGGCAAUGAGCAACUCCACAAACACUACAGAACCCAAUUUUUAAGCGUGGUCAUUAUUUUUCCUGUGGACUAAAUAUGCUUUCCACUUUGAGUGUCAUUACAUUUCUAAUGAGAACAAGCCAUUUGCAUUUGAACAACAGAUUUGGAGUGCCGAUCAGAUUAUAUUAUAUUGUAUGAGCUAGUAAGUGCAUGCUUGAUUUGUACCUGCGUAUAAACCCCUGCACAUAGUUCACAAUGUUUUAAUGAAAAGCUGAAAUUGAUGAUCACUUGAAAGCACUUGUCAGCCGCUGCACUAUAAGGCAGUACAUUCAAGCCUGUCAUAGGCCAGACUUCUUCCAGGGUGAUGCAAUGAUACAAGAAGGCAAUGAAAGAUAUUGAAUUGUGGUUAAAUGUUAUGUUUUCCUACUUUUACCCUUCACAUACCUUUUUUUAUAGUUUUUAUCAUCACAUGCUCUUGUACCGCACACAUAUGUGCUGCCCUGCUUACCUUCCCUCAGUAGUUUAAUGUACAAUGGUUUCACUUAUGGCCUUGUCUGAAAGCCCCGUUUGCUCUAAAUGACCAUUUUCAUGCAGUGUUGCUCCUUUCCCAUGUGAGGCAGAGCGUGAAGUAGGACUUCUGAAUGAAUGAUCAUGAAUGUAGUGGUACCUUGCGUCUUUCCAAGGUACACUUUUCCUCAAUGUACAAUAGAUGUCUGCUUAUGUUUCAGGAUCUCGAUUAAAACAAAGACAGUCUGUUAAUCAACACCUGUCCUCGAUGUUAUUGUUUUCUUGUGUACUAAAAUAUCCUUUUAUUUUGUCUGUAUGUUGUGAGGAUGUGUGUAUGUUCUGUAAGAAGUGUGAAUUGUAAGUAUGUGUGUGUGUAUAUUGCUGAAUGGAUCAGAAUGGGGGAUGUUUGGCCAUGAAGUUUAAAUAUGAAAAAUUGACAUCAUUGAGCUAUGACUAUGUAUUAUGUUAUAAUGUGAUGCUAAACAGAAGAGUAAGUAUUCUGUUACUAUGUAAUAAAAUAAAACUUUUUUUUUCUU